AGUCUCGCGGCCUACCUGGGUCCGGGCGCUCGCCCGAGCUGUACCUAGGCAGCGGGUUGGAGAAGACAUGGGGAAGCUGCGCCGGCGCUACAAUGUGAAGGGGCGGCUACAGACGGGCCCGCGCCUGGCCAAGGGCCCCGAGCCGCCCCCGGUACAGCUGGAGCUCGAGGACAAGGAUGUGUUGAAAGGAGUGGAUUCAAGCAAUGUACUUGUGCUACCGGGAAAGAAGAAGAAAAAGACCAGGGCACCACCACCGUCAAAGAAGGAGAGGAAGCCGCUGACCAAGAAGGAGAAGAAGAUGCUGCAGAAAGUCUUAGAACAGAAAGAGAAGAAGAGCCAGCGUGCCGAGCUGCUGCAGAAACUGAGUGAAGUCCAGGUGUCAGAGGCCGAGAUGAGUCUCUUCUACGCCACUGCCAGGCUGGGCACUGGGGACCACAUGUACCACACCAAAGAGAAACCCAACCAGCCACCAGCACAAGCACAGAAGGUCAGUAGUCUUGGCGGGGCUCACCAGAAGCGCCGCCGGUCAUCAGCAGAGGAGACAUCUGAGUCUUCAGAGGAUUCAGAGUCUGACCCAGAGUCUGAAGGGGCCAGAGACUCUGACCAGCCUGGGACCAGCACAGGGACAACAUCAGUGCAUGUGCCAUCAGUUUCUUCUGCAGCUGAGAACCUGGUGCCCAAUACUCAGCCCCCUCCAGCUGGAACCCCUGCACCUUCACAGACAGCAGCCUCUGCCCCACCUCGACCUCUGGCCAAUCCCACUAUCUUCAUCCCUGUGAACCGCACCCCUGAAAUGCAGGAAGAGCGACUCAAGCUCCCGAUCCUUGCUGAAGAACAAGCCAUCAUGGAGGCGGUGUCCGAGAACCCCAUUGUCAUCGUGUGUGGCGAGACUGGCAGUGGGAAGACCACGCAGGUGCCCCAGUUUCUUUAUGAAGCUGGCUACAGCAGUGAGGACAGCAUCAUUGGUGUCACAGAGCCCCGAAGAGUGGCUGCUGUGGCCAUGUCCCAGCGAGUGGCCAAGGAGAUGAACGUAUCUCAGCGGGUUGUCUCCUAUCAGAUCCGGUAUGAAGGAAACAUGACUGAAGAGACCAGGAUCAAGUUCAUGACAGACGGUGUGUUGCUCAAAGAAAUCCAGAAGGACUUCUUGCUGCUCAAGUACAGAGUGGUGAUCAUUGACGAAGCCCACGAGCGGAGUGUGUACACAGACAUCCUCCUAGGCCUUCUGUCCCGAAUCGUGGCUCUCCGGGCAAAGAGGCACCUACCCCUUAAGCUGCUCAUUAUGUCGGCCACACUGCGGGUAGAGGACUUCACCCAGAACCAGCGGCUCUUUACCACACCACCCCCAGUCAUCAAGGUUGAAUCCAGGCAGUUUCCUGUGACAGUACAUUUUAACAAGCAGACCCCACUGGAUGACUACAGUGGCGAGUGCUUUCGGAAGGUCUGUAAGAUCCACCGGAUGUUACCUGCAGGUGGCAUCCUGGUGUUCCUCACAGGGCAGGCUGAGGUACAUGCAUUCUGCCGCCGGCUCAGGAAAGCCUUCCCCACCCGAGGCUCCCGACCACAAGAGAAGGAAGAGGAAAAGGACUCAGCAGAAGCCAUGCGGAAGUUUAAGAAGUCCCGGACAAGGGCCAGGAAAGCCCAGGCUGUGGCAUUGCCCCAGAUCAACCUGGAUAAUUACUCGGUGCUGCCAGUGGGCGAAGGUGAUGAGGACAGGGAAGCAGAGAUGGACGAGGAGGAGAUCGUGGGCUCCGACCUGGAUCUGGACCUGGGUGACAGUGAGGCAGAUGGAGGUGAGCAGCCAGAUGUCUCUCUGCCUCUUCAUGUGCUCCCACUCUACUCUUUGCUGGCCCCAGAGAAGCAAGCACAGGUCUUCAAACCUCCCCCAAAGGGGAUAAGGCUAUGUGUUGUGGCCACCAAUGUGGCUGAGACGUCCCUCACCAUUCCCGGCAUCAAAUAUGUAGUGGACUGUGGGAAGGUCAAGAGGCGCCACUACGACCGAGUCACUGGUGUGUCUUCCUUCCGUGUCACCUGGGUCUCUCAGGCAUCAGCUGACCAGCGGGCAGGUCGCGCAGGUCGGACAGAGCCAGGUCACUGUUACAGGCUGUAUUCCUCUGCGGUUUUUGGGGACUUUGAGCAGUUUCCUCCCCCAGAAAUCACUCGCAGACCUGUGGAGGACUUGAUCCUGCAAAUGAAAGCUCUCAACAUUGAAAAGGUCAUCAACUUCCCUUUCCCCACACCUCCCUCCAUGGAGGCCCUCAUUGCUGCUGAGGAUCUGCUAAUUGCACUGGGGGCCCUGCAAGCACCCCCAAAAGAGGAAAGGAUGAAACAGCUACAAGUAUCCCAAUUGAGCUGCCCCAUCACAGCUCUGGGGCGAACCAUGGCCACCUUCCCUGUGGCACCCCGCUAUGCUAAGAUGCUGGCACUGAGCUGGCAACAUGACUGCCUGCCCUACACCAUCGCCAUUGUUGCUGCCAUCACUGUGCGUGAGCUGUUCGAGGAACUGGACAGACCAGCCGCCAGUGAUGAGGAGCUCACAGUGCUGAAAGGCCGACGGGCUCGGGUGGCCCAGAUGAAGAGGACCUGGGCUGGGCAGGGGGCCUCUCUAAAGCUUGGGGACCUGAUGGUUCUACUCGGUGCUGUGGGUGCUUGUGAAUAUGCUGGCUGCUCGCCCCAGUUCUGCCAGGCCAAUGGGCUUCGCUACAAGGCCAUGUUGGAGAUUCGGCGCCUGCGGGGCCAGCUGACCACUGCAGUCAAUGCUGUGUGCCCUGAGGUUGGGCUCUUCCUGGAUCCCAAGAUGCAGCCACCAACCGAGAGCCAAGUAACCUACCUACGGCAGAUCAUGGCAGCCGGUCUCGGUGACCACCUGGCCCGCAAGGUACAGAGUGAGGAGCUACUAGACGAGAAAUGGAGGAAUGCCUACAAGACCCCUCUCCUAGAUGAUCCAGUCUUUAUCCACCCAAGCUCUGUGCUUUUCAGAGAGCUGCCUGACUUCGUGGUCUACCAGGAAAUCAUAGAGACCACCAAGAUGUACAUGAAAGGUGUUUCUGCUGUGGAAGUCCAGUGGAUCCCAACUUUGCUGCCUUCCUACUGUCAGUUUGAUGGGCCCCUGGAGGAACCAGCCCCCACCUACUGCCCUGAAACCGGCCGGGUACUCUGCUACCGCACCAGUGUGUUCUAUCGUGUGGGCUGGCCACUCCCCGCCGUCCAGGUGGACUUUCCGGAAGGCAUUGACCGCUACAAGCACUUCUCCCGGUUUCUGCUGGAAGGGCAGGUCUUCCGAAAGCUGGCUUCAUACAAGAGCUGCCUGCUCUCCAGCCCCAGCACCAUGCUGAAGACCUGGGCCAGGCUACAGCCCAGGACAGAGAGUCUGCUGCGAGCCCUUGUGGCAGAGAAGGCCGACUCCCGAGAUGCCCUGCUGGCUACAUGGAAGAAAAAGCCCACAUACCUGCUGGCCGAGUACUGUGAAUGGCUUCCCCAGGCCAUGCAUGCCGCUGUUGAGAAGGCCUGGCCACCCACCACUGACUGCUGACUACACAUCUGACUACAUAGUCAUGUGGCCCCAUGAGACACACUGGCCCUGGAAGCUUUUUUUACCUUGGCCCAAAUCCGAGCCAUUGUACUUGCCAUUGCACUGAUCAGAAGUGCCUUCUUUGUAACUAUUUAUUGCCAGAUGGAAGUAGUUUUAUCUCCCACAUUCCUCUCAGUCCUAAAUUUGCUCUUUGGGCUCCAUUAGUCCCUAUGGACAUGCAGGGCCACUGGGACAGGAAGGCAGGUCCUUCCCCCAGGUGCACCUCAGAGCAUCCCAGGCAGACUGCCGACCUCUGCUCUGACCUCAAGGGCUUCUGGAAGCUUGUUCCCCAGAUAAAGGACAGAUACCAGCCCUGCUCUGUCCAGGGUGAAGCCUGGUUCCCAGGGGCCUGAUGUGACUUUGGACAGCAAGUUCUGUCGUAAAAAGCUGCCCUAACUGGGUAUGUGGGUGAGCCUGUCAUUUAACCACUCAAGAGGCUGAGGCAGGAGAAUCACAAGUUCAAGCUACAUAGCAAGACCCAAAAAACCUUAAUUAUAGUAAAUAUACAUGACAGAGUUUUCUGCUUUAACUAUCGAGUUCAGUUGUAUUAAACAUGUUCACAUGUUGA